AUGGCUCCCGCAGCAAAGCGGAACAACAGUUCCCUCCCUUCAGGAUAUGUCGAGGACAAGUCCAAGGGCGCCAUGUUGAGAUUCCAAGACUCUCUGCCCCGUCUGCCCGUACCGAGUCUCGAAGAGACAGCCGCGCGCUACAUCAAGACCCUGCACCCCCUUCUCUCUGAAUCCGAGUUCGCCGUCAGCAAAAAGGCCGUCGAGGACUUCGUCAAGCCCGGAGGUGUCGGCAGCAAGCUGCAGGAGAAGCUGCUCGCCCGUAGAGAAGAUCCCGCGCACCGAAACUGGCUGUACGAGUGGUGGAACGAUGCGGCAUACCUCAGCUACAGAGAUCCCGUCGUUCCCUACGUGAGCUACUUCUACUCUCACCGUGACGACCGUCGGAGGAGGAACCCUGCCAAGAGAGCCGCGGCCAUUACCUCGGCUGUCCUCGAGUUCAAGAAGCAGGUCGACGACGGAACACUCGAGCCCGAAUACAUGAAGAGACUGCCCAUCUGCAUGGACAGCUACAAGUGGAUGUUCAACACGAGCCGUGUCGCCGCAAAGCCCGCCGACUACCCGGCCAAGUUCUCUCACAAGGACCACAAGUACAUUAUUGCUAUCCGUAAAAACCAAAUCUUCAAGAUUCUGCACGAGGUGGACGGCAAGCAGCUCAAUGCGUCAGAGCUCGAGCAGCAGUUCAACAAGGUCUACGAGUUGGCUCAGAGAGUUCCUCCCGUGGGCGCUCUGACCAGCGAGAACCGCGACGUCUGGUCAGAUGCGCGCGAGAUCCUCCUCAAGGCCAGCCCCAAGAACGCCGCAUCUUUGGAGGCCGUUGAGGCAUCCUCCUUCGUCGUGUGCCUUGACGACGCUGCUCCCGUCACCCUCGAGGAGCGCGCGCACCAGUACUGGCACGGCGACGGCGCCAACCGCUGGUACGACAAGCCCCUUCAGUUCAUCGUCAACGACAACGCUACUUCGGGAUUCAUGGGAGAGCACUCCAUGAUGGACGGAACCCCCACUCACCGUCUCAACGACUUCAUCAACGACCUCAUCUUCAACAACAAGCUCGACCUCUCUGACCCCUCAAUUCGUUCCAACCUGCCUGAGCCCCAGAUCGUCAAGUUCGAGAUCACCAAGGAAGUACAGGCCGAGAUUGACCGCGCCAGAAAGGACUUCCACGAUGUCAUUAGCCAGCACGAGCUCGCCGUCCAGGCGUACCAGGGUUACGGCAAGGGAUUGAUCAAGAAGUUCAAGUGCUCGCCCGACGCCUACGUUCAGAUGAUCAUCCAAUUGGCAUACCACAAGAUGUACGGCAAGAACCGCCCUACAUACGAGUCGGCCGCCACUCGCCGCUUCCAGCAAGGCCGUACCGAGACGUGCAGAACCGUGUCAGACGCCUCCGUCUCGUGGUGCAACGCCAUGGCCGACCCCAACAUUGAGGAUAAGGCCAAGGUCGACCUCUUCCGCCAGGCCAUUGACUCCCACCUCGAGUACAUCACUGCCGCUUCAGACGGCAAGGGUGUCGACAGACACUUGUUCGGUCUGAAGAAGCUGCUCGAGCCCGGCCAAGAGCUGCCUGCCAUCUACCAGGACCCGGCCUUCUCCUACUCUUCCUCGUGGUACCUGUCCUCGUCACAGCUUAGCUCAGAGUACUUCAACGGAUACGGGUGGAGUCAGGUCAUCGACGGCGGGUUCGGAAUUGCCUACAUGAUCAACGAGAACAGCAUCAACUUCAACGUCGUCUCCAAAGGCUUGGGCAGCCAGCGUAUGAGCUUCUUCCUCGACGAGGCUGCCGGCGAGAUGCGCGACCUGCUCAUCCCCACCAUUAAGCCCGCCAAGGCCAAGUUGUAA